AAUUGAAAAGUCAAAGAGUAAAGAUCAAAUAUUGUUUGCGAUGGCGAAAGUACCACUUGUUGUGUUUAACAACGGACAUACUUGCCCAAUCAUCGGUUUGGGUACUUGGAAGUCAAAGCCUGGUGAGGUUACACAGGCUGUCAAAGAUGCGAUUGACACCGGCUACAAGCACAUUGACUGCGCCCACAUAUAUGGAAAUGAGAAGGAGGUGGGGGAGGCUUUGAAAGCCAAAUUUGCUGAUGGGACUAUUAAGAGAGAGGAUAUAUUCAUUACCUCAAAACUGUGGUGCACCUACCAUCGCCCUGACCUCGUGGAGGGAGCCCUGAAGACGACCCUUACCAACCUGGGACUGGAGUAUUUGGAUCUCUACUUGAUGCACUGGCCGCAGGCUUUCAAGGAAGAGACAGACGAAUUUCCAACAGAUAAGAAUGAAAAAGUGAUUCCUUCGAGUGUCGAUUACGUGGACACGUAUAAAGCCAUGGAGACUCUAGUAGACAAGGGCCUGGUGAGGAGCAUCGGUGUCUCCAACUUUAAUAAGAAGCAGUUGGACAGAGUUUUGGAAGCUUCCAGAAUCAAACCCGCGGUACAACAGAUCGAAUGCCACCCGUACCUGAACCAACAAAAGAUGUUUGACCAUUGCAAGUCCCAUGGAAUCGCAGUAACUGCGUACUCUCCUCUCGGGUCCCCUGAUAGACCCUGGGCGAAACCCGGAGACCCCUCCCUCAUGGAGGACCAGCGAUUGAAGUCCAUCGCUGACAGAUACAACAAGACUGUACCACAGAUUUUGAUAAGAUACGCAAUCGACCGUCAAAUGAUAGUCAUCCCAAAGUCGGUAACGAAAAGCCGUAUUGAACAGAACUUCAACGUCUUCGACUUCCAGCUAUCGCCUGAAGACCUUGAGCUGAUCGCCACCUUGGAACGUAACGGGCGCCUGUGUACUAUGGGAGACACCCACCACCCGGACUACCCAUUCCAUGAUGAAUUUUAAUUGCACCACAGAUAGAAGCUUAUUCCCACAACGAACGCAUUAGCACGACUUUAGCAUUUGUAUACGUCAAUACGAGAUGUCAGUUUGACAGCCCGCCACUUUUGAAUUCCACCCAAAUUAUAUUCUGUAUAUAAUUUAUCAAAUUUCCGCUCUUCACAAUUAUAUCCUUUUCCUAAUAGCUAUUUAAUUUUUCUUAUAACAAGAAAAUGAUGCUUUGUAACGCAUGAUAGAAACACAAUUUAUAACUCAAAACACCUGAACCGAUUUGGUUAAAAAUUGGUUCAGCGGUAGCUUAGAACCGGGAGACGGACAUGUUAUACUUUCUAUCCUGUAUCCGUUUCUAUUUCAGCUAAACGUAAUGUUAUCUAUGGUUAAGUAGGAUAGAACAUUUGACAAUUAGAAUUUUUGAAGUGUUUAUUUCGAGUUUCUAUUAGCACUAUUAUUAUUAACAAUGGAAUCUCUCCCGAGUCUCGACAAAUCCGUAAUGCAAGAAAUGGGAUGGAUGAGUUUUAAAGUAGAUUCGAGGAUAGAUUAUUUACUAUUGGAUGUAUUUUUUUUUUUUUUUUUUAAGUUUGAAAUCUGUCUGGUUCGCUACAAUAAAAGUUAACCUGACAUUCACAUCUGACCACGUGACUUUUCAAGUUCUAGUGACGUUGAUUUGCAUUUAGUGAACGACUGCAGUCUUAUAUUUGUCAUUUUAACUAUUUUAAUUGUAAUCCUACGUACCUACCUUGUUUAAAUAAAUCUAUAUAGUAUGGUU